AUAAUUUUAUUGAUUUUGUUUUUUUAGAUUGGUAUAGUUAAAUCAAUACGUUUAACUAGAACAGUAACUCUUAAAGAGUUUCAAUUAAAUAGUCAUUAUGGAUUUACUGUUCUUGCAAUAUCAACUAAUAAUAAUAUUCUUGUUUUUUGUGAAUCAAAAAUAAUAUUUAUAGGAAAUACAUCUAUUCAAUAA